GAACUAGAAAGCCCAUUUGGUAAUAUUCAAGAGCACAAAGUAAUCAUUGUGGGACUUGAUAAUGCUGGAAAGACCACUAUUCUUUACCAGUUCUUAAUGAAUGAAGUGGUUCAUACUUCUCCAACAAUAGGAAGCAAUGUAGAAGAAAUAGUGGUGAAAAACACUCAUUUCUUAAUGUGGGAUAUUGGAGGACAAGAAUCAUUACGGUCAUCGUGGAAUACCUAUUAUUCAAACACAGAGUUCAUCAUUCUUGUUGUUGACAGCAUAGAUAGAGAGCGACUUUCUAUAACAAAAGAAGAACUUUAUAGAAUGCUGGCUCAUGAGGAUUUACGGAAGGCUGCAGUACUUAUCUUUGCAAACAAGCAGGACAUGAAAGGUUGUAUGACAGCUGCUGAGAUAUCUACAUACCUCACCCUCAGCUCCAUAAAGGAUCACCCGUGGCACAUUCAGUCCUGUUGUGCUUUGACAGGAGAAGGAUUAUGCCAAGGCUUGGAGUGGAUGACUUCCCGUAUUGGAGUGAGAUAGCUGCUUUUCCUAUGCUCCCACCUCCCCCAAAAAAGAAGAGACUUCUAUUUAUCCUGUGAACAUGUACAUUUUUCUGUACUUCUGGCUGCUGAAGCAGUGACCAUGUUUAAUUUAUAUCAGCCAACCCCCAAGCUGUACUUGAAUCAAGUGCAGUUGAACUGAAACACAAAGUAUUUUCUUAACUUUUUUUAACACACUAAUCUUCAACUGGAUGAUCAUAUGUGAAUCUGGUUUUAAGCGUUGAAAUUGCUCUGAAUAUGUAUUCUAACUUUUUCAGUGAUAGCUUUUUAAACUGUUUUGUCAUUGUCAAUAUUUCAUACUUCCUCUUUCUAAGUAGUUUAUAUAACUUACAUAAAUGGGCGCAGUUUAUUUAAUAACAAAAAAGUAGCGAGUAGGUUGACUUUACUCUGGCAUAGCUUUAGCCUCUAAGGGUAACUGUAUUUCAAGCUGGGCUUCCUGGAAUGUCAGCAGAGUUCUAGGCAGCACGGGAGUUAAUGAACUAAUG